GGACCAUCUGAUAAAAACAAACCAUUGUAGAUUGGAUACAACUUUCCAUCAUGUUAGAUUUGAGGAAGGGGGAUUUUAUAUGGGUGGAUUCUAGUAUUGGGGUGCCAAUUGGGGCAGUGGUCGAAUUGACAGACACCGGACAGCUUCAGCUGAUUGAUGAUGAAGGAAAGGUACACAAGAUAAACAGCAAGAAGGCAAACGCCAUCCGACCCAUGCACCCCACCUCUGUAAAAGGUGUGGAUGACAUGAUUAGGCUGGGCGACCUCACUGAGGCAGGGCUUCUCAGGAACUUGCUGGUGCGACACAAAGAGGGCAUCAUCUAUACCUACACAGGCUCCAUUCUGGUUGCAGUCAACCCUUACCAGGUGUUGCCCAUCUACAGCAUAGAGCAGAUACACCUGUACACCGACCGGCGGCUGGGCGAGCUGCCUCCGCAUGUGUUUGCAAUCGCAGACAGCUGUUUCUUCAACAUGCGCCGCAACCAAAAGAACCAGUGCUGCAUCAUCAGCGGAGAGUCGGGAGCAGGGAAAACUGAGAGUGCCAAACUGAUGCUGCAGUUCCUGGCUGCUGUAAGCGGCCAGCACUCCUGGAUAGAGCAGCAGAUUCUCGAAGCCAAUCCCAUCUUGGAGGCCUUUGGCAAUGCAAAAACCAUCCGAAAUGACAACUCCAGUCGGUUUGGGAAGUACAUCGAUAUCAACUUCAACAAGAGCGGGGCCAUUGAUGGCGCCCGGAUUGAGCAGUACCUCCUAGAGAAGUCUCGUGUUUGCCGCCAGGCACCUGAAGAAAGAAACUAUCACAUCUUUUAUUACAUGCUGAUGGGCAUGUCAGCUGAGCAGAAGAAGAUCCUAUCCCUGGAAAAUGCAUCACAGUACAACUAUCUAACCAUGGGUAACUGCACCAGCUGUGAGGGACGUGAUGACAUCAAGGAAUAUGCCCACUUCUGCUCCGCUCUGAAGAUCCUAAUGUUUACAGAAAAUGACUCCUGGGAAAUCUCAAAACUACUUGCUGCUAUCCUUCACCUGGGCAACGUGGACUUUGAAAGCACCAUUGUGAACAACCUAGAGGGGUGUGAGAUCUUCACAUCAACCCAUUUCGACAUGGCCAGGGAACUUUUGGAGGUGGAUCCCAAGGCCCUGGAGAAAAGUCUGACGCUGCGCUCCUUUAUGACCAACAGAGAGAGUGUGACCAAACCUCUCACAUAUGCCCAGGCUACGGAUGGCAGAGACGCCUUUGUCAAAGCUAUUUAUGGAAGACUUUUUGUCUGGGUGGUGGACAAAAUCAAUGCCACUGUAUUCAAGCCUCUCCCAGAGGAUUCGGAAGUGGUCCGACAGUCAAUAGGCCUGCUGGACAUAUUCGGCUUUGAGAACUUCAACAAAAACAGCUUUGAGCAGCUGUGCAUCAACUUUGCAAAUGAACAGUUACAGCAGUUCUUCGUAAAGCACGUUUUCAAGUUGGAGCAGGAUGAGUACACCCAUGAAAACAUUGUAUGGACACAUAUUGAGUACAACGACAAUCAGUGCACGCUGGAUGUGUUGGCUACCAAACCCCUCAACAUGUUGGCCCUCAUUGAUGAGGAAAGCCACUUCCCCAAGGGUACGGAUACCACUAUGCUGCAAAAGAUGAAUCAGGUCCACGGGAAAGGGGGCAUUUAUAUUCCUCCCAAAAACAACUAUGAGACUCAAUUUGGAGUCCAACAUUUUGCUGGAGUGGUCUACUAUGAUUCAAAAGGUUUCCUUGAGAAAAACCGUGAUGCGCUAAGCUCUGAUGUGAUUCAGCUGGUAGAGACCUCUACCAGUAAGCUCCUCAAAAAGGUAUUCUGCAAUGAGCUCUCCCCUGGCACAGUUAAGAACAGCACCAACCCCAGGAUGACUAUCACAACCCCAAAAAACUCUCUCCGGCAAGGAACCGACUCUAAGAAGCGCAUGCUGACCUUGACUGGCCAGUUUCGUCAGUCACUGGAUGCCCUGAUGAAGACACUGACUGUGUGCCAGCCCUAUUUCAUACGCUGCAUCAAACCCAAUGACUUUAAGAGGCCCAUGUUGUUUGACAGAGAGUUAUGCAUGCGUCAGCUCCGUUACUCUGGGAUGAUGGAGACGAUCAAGAUCCGUAAGGCUGGCUAUCCCAUACGCUACACUUUUAACGAGUUCCUGGAACGCUACCGAGUCCUACUGAAAAACUUUGACCCCAACACUGAAAUGGAGACAUGCUGUGAAAGCAUAUGUAAGAAUAUACUCACUGGAGAAAGUGACUGGAAGACUGGCAAGACAAAGAUAUUUCUUAAGGACAUCCAUGACACCAUACUUGAACUGGAGCGAAUAAAAGAACUAAAUAAGAAAGCACUUUUGCUCCAAAGAGUUCUGAGAGGCUACAGAUACAGGAGAGAUUUCCUGAGAAAAAAGGCAGCUGCUCUUGUAAUUCAGAAAUACUGGAGAGGCCACAAAGGCAGAAAGCUUUACAGAGUGGUCCAACUGGGCUUUACUCGACUGCAAGCAAAGGUCCGCUCUCGUCAGCUCCAAUACCGGUACAGUAAAGAGCGGGAGGCGGUCUUGGUGAUACAGACCCGGGUCAGGGGAUUCCUUGCCAGGAAGCAAUUGACGCGCAAGAGAGAUGCUGUGAUCCUCUUGCAAGCACAUACCAGGGGUUUCCUGGCGAGAAAUGCCGUCAAACAGAUGAAAAGAGCCAGAUUCCUCUCUGCUAAAGAGAAACAAGAAGAAGAGCUAGCCAUAUUGGAGAGACAGAAGCGCCUAGAGGAAAUACUGAGGAAGAAGCAAGAGAUGGAGGCCAAUGCCCUGUCAGAAUCUAUCACUGACCAGGAAAUGGUGGACACUUACUUUAGCUUCCUUCCCAAUAUGGUUGGUGGGCAAGAAGGGCAUGCACCUGUGGGGUUUAAGGAUUUGGAUGAGAAAAGGACAGCUCUUGAGCAAGUAGACCUAGAUGAUAUCCCCAUGGUGGAGGACAUUCCUGAGGAAGAUAACAGUGAUCUGGAUGAGUACUCCUUCUCCAAAUUUGCUUCCAUGUACUUCCAGGGUGCAGCCAGCCCCACCCACAUCCGCCAAAGGCUUAGACAGCCUCUUCUCUACCACGAGGACGAAGGAGAUGUGCUCGCUUCGCUCACAGUAUGGUGGAUCAUUUUGAGGUUCAUGGGAGACCUCCCUGAACCUAAGAAGCAGGUCCAAGUCAGUGGUAUGUCCAAAGAAAACUACUCUCUCCCACAAGACUUGGUCUCCAGAAAGGACAGACGUCUGAGUCACAUGGUUGGCCUGGAUCAAAAAGUACUAAGGAGUAAGAAAGACAGAACAUUUUCCACAGUCCCUGAGCAGGCACCUCGAAACAGGAAAGCCUCUACAUUCACAGACUUGCUAACAAGAAGCAGGAAGGUUUCUGCCAUACCAAAUGAGAUGGUUCAAAACCGUAAGACGUACACAGUCCCAGAAGAGACCCCUCGAAACAGGAAGACGUCCAUAUUCACUGAUCUGCUGACUAGGAGUAGAAAGGCAUCCACUAUCCCAGAAAAUGGAGUACCAGAAUCCCCUUCCCCGCUCAAGAGAGCCUCUGUCAUUAUGGAGGAGCCAGAAGAUGAGAGUGAGGUAUCCAAACCUCUCACUAUGCAGACAGUGAAUGAGGAGAACAAUGUAAUGAUUGGAGAGGGACCCUCCCUGGAUCUGCCGAUGACGUCUCUUGAAAAGCUCCACAUUAUUGUGGGAUAUGCUAUAAUCCGGCCCGAUCUCAGAGAUGAGAUCUACUGUCAGAUCUGCAAGCAGCUUCAAGAUAACAACAAUCGUGGCAGCUUUUAUCGAGGCUGGAUCCUUCUGUCCCUCUGCCUUGGCAUCUUCCCACCAACUGAACGCUUUAUCAAGUACCUCCAAAGUUUCCUUCGUUUUGGCCCCGUGGGUUAUGGUCCCUACUGUGCUGAAAGACUGCAGCGCACUGUAAUGAACGGUGUACGCGGGGAGCCUCCAAGCUGGCUAGAGCUACAAGCAACCAAAACGAAAAAGCCCAUAGCUGUGUCUGUGACCCUCAUGGAUGGCCGCACGAUAAGCCUGCCUGUUGACUCAGCAUCUACUUCCAAGGAAAUCUGCAAAAUCCUCUCCCAAAAAGUUAAACUGAAAGACACAUUUGGCUUUUCUCUCUACGUAGCCCUGUAUGAUAAGGUGUGGGCUCUGGGUGGUGGUCGAGAGCAUGUGAUGGAUGCCAUCUCCCAGUGUGAGCAAGAGGUGAAAAGAAAAGGUGGGCAGGAGCAGCAUGCCCCUUGGCGUCUCUACUUCCGCAAGGAAAUCUUCACACCCUGGCAUGACAGCAAAGACGACAGCAUCAGCACAGACCUAAUUUACAAACAGAUUGUGCGUGGUCUGAAGUACGGAGAGUACCAGAGUGAAAAGGAGGAUGAUUUGGUUCAGCUUGCUGCAAAACAUUUAUACAUCCAGCAUGGGUCAGACAGCAGUCCAGAAAAUGUUAAGGCUGUUGUAUUAGACUGCAUAAACACCUCACUGCUUGAGGCCAAGACAGAGGCCAAAUGGUUGCAGAUGGUCAGCGCUGAUCAUGCUCAGGGUUCUUAUGUAAGUUCAAGGCAAGCGGCAGUUGAUGUGAAGGCAGAGGUGGUUGACUAUGCCCGUCAGAAGUGGCCAAUGUUCUUCUCCAGGUUUUUUCAGGUUGCCAAGAUCUCAGGUCCUCCUCUGGCCAACAGCAAGUUCAUUGUAGCCAUUAACUGGACUGGCAUCACAUUCCUGGAUGAGAAAGAGAGAAGACUGCUGGAACUCUCCUACCCAGAAGUCAUUGGGGUCAACACAAUGAGGGAGGGUAAAGCUUUCGGCAACUCGGUCUGCCUGUUGACACUGAAAGGAGAUUUCACUCUGAGUGGGGCAAUGGCUGAGGAAAUGGCAGAGCUGAUCCACCUGUUCCACAGUGGACUGAGAGAGCGCUCUCAGUAUGCCGUGGCUCUGAAGGAAGUCGUCAGGCAAGAUGACCCCACAUUCCUGAGCUUUAAGAAAGGAGAGCUCAUUGUCAUUAUCAAAGAUGAUGAGUUUUCUCAAGACAGUGGCUGGAUAAAAGGCAAAAAUGAGCAGACGGGACAAGUAGGAGCUGUUUCCACCGAGGCCAUUUUAGUCCUACCCACACUCUCCAAACCCACCAAUGAAGUCAUGAGCCUCCUCAACUUGUCCCCUGACCAGAGGAAGAGUGCCAUCCAGGCCGCCCAGAAAGAGAUCGGCACAGCUGGGAGAAUGGCCCCCUUCACUUUGAAAGAGUUCUCCCUCGAGUACUUCAGGCCGUCCACUGUGGAUGUGAACCGUCAGGUGAUUUCCAAGACUGUGUCAGCCCAAAAGCUAUGGAUGAACUGCAGAGAGCCCCUCAGACAGCCACUUUUGAGAAAACUAGUUGGCAACUCUGAACUUAGUCACAAAGCUUGCCUGGCAUUCACUGCAGUCCUAAAGUAUAUGGGAGACUACCCCACCAAACAAACACAGAAUCCUCUUGAGCUCACCGACCAGAUCUUUGGACCAGUCACCCAAAAUGAAAUGCUCAGAGAGGAGAUUUAUUGCCAGAUCAUGAAGCAGAUGACCAGCAAUAACAAUCAGUUCAGCUUAGAAAGGGGCUGGCAGCUGCUGUGGCUGUGCUGCGGCCUCUUUCCUCCCAACCAGCCUCUUCUCAAGCACACACAACGCUUCCUGGAGUCACGCCGCCGAGAGACGCUGGCCUCAGAUUGUCUGCGGCGGUUGCAGGGCUCAGUGAGGAUGGAGCCCAGGAAGCUGCCACCCCACCAAGUUGAGGUGGAUGCCAUUCAGCAGAACAGCACCCAGAUCUUCCAUAAAAUCCACUUCCCCAAUGACACGGAGCAGAUAUUUGAGGUGGCGACCAGUACCAAGAUCAGGGACCUCAUCCAGAGUAUAACAAAAAAGCUCAACCUGGUUUCAGCAGAUGGCUUCAGCAUUUUUGUGAAAACACCGGACAAGGUCCUGAGUUUGAAUGACACAGAGUACUUCUUUGAUAGCCUGAGACAGAUCACUGACUGGUCUAAGAAAGCCAAGAUGGUCAAGGAUGGUGGGCCCGUAAACAUGCCCUACCUUGUUUACUUCAUGAGGAAGCUGUGGUUCAAUGUGAUCCCCGGGAGAGACCCAGAGGCAGAUCUGAUCUUCCAUUACCCCCAGGAGCUGCCAAAGUACCUGAGAGGAUAUCACGUUUGCUCUAAGGAGGAUAUGGUGAAAAUUGGGGCGCUGCUCUUCAUGGUGAAGACCAAUAGUGACAAGAACCAGUUUGUCAUGAUUCCCAAGAUGCUGAGGGAGCUGGUGCCCCAUGACCAACUGAAGGCCAUGUCUGAAAAUGAAUGGAAGAAGAAUAUUGUUGCAACUUAUAACAAACAAGCCGGCAUGACAGCUGAAGAAGCCAUAGUGGCCUUUUUGAAGAUAGUUUGCCGAUGGCCGACAUUUGGCUGUGCCUUUUUUGAAGUGAAGCAAACCUCAGAGCCAAAUUUUCCAGAUAUUGUGCAGAUUGCCAUUGGCAGGCAUGGAGUCACAAUCAUUCACCCGAAAACCAAGGAUCUUCUGGCAGCUCACCCAUUCAACGGUAUUGCUAACUGGUGCAGUGGAAGUACUUACUUUCACAUGACUAUUGGCAAUUUAGUCAGGGGCAACAAGUUCCUGUGUGAAACUUCACUGGGCUAUAAGAUGGAUGACCUAAUAACUUCCUAUGUCAACAUGUACCUCAAUGAGAGGAGGGCUGUGCAAACCAGGAACCAGCGCUUCAACAUUUAAGCAUCAGAUGAUGUGGCAGGAACAUAAUCCAUGUAUAUCUUGAUUCUGCAGUUGUGCCAAUAAGCAAAUAUACUGACUGUAUAGUAUGCGCACACACACACACACACACACACACACACACACACACACACACACACACACACACACACACACACACACACACACACCAUGUCACCCUAUACUUGUGGGGACCCCCUCAUUGAUUACAUUCAUUCCCUAGCCCUUAACUCUAACCAUCUUAACUACAUGCCUAACCUUUACCCUUACCCUAACUUUAACUUAAUCCUAACCUCAACCCUAAACCCAAGUCCUAACCUUAAAAUAGACCAUUUUCCUCAUGGGGAGCCAUAAAAUGUCCCCACAAGGUAGGUGGAGACCAAAUGUCCCCAUUAGGCCAGAAAAACCUGGUGUACACACACACACACACACACACACACACACACACACACACACACACACACACACACACACACACACACACACACACAGUGUGGCAUAGAAAACUACUCUUGUUUUAAUUUCGCAGAGUAUAUCAACAUUACACAUACACAUAAACCUUAAAAAUUCUUUCAAACUGAAACUAGAAAUAAUUUUUAAAAAAUCUGCUAAAUUUCUUGAACAUGGUAGUAUUUGCACAUUCCCAACUGACAAGUCUUAGCCCUGCCUGCUUUGACUGUCUAAUAUUAUUGUGGCUUUCACAAAAGAGUGUAUUUAAUGUGGCACUCAUCAUAUAUAUAUUAUUUUUUUUUGCUGUUUUUUUUUGUUUUUGUUUUUGUUUUUGCUGCCAAACUUGCAAAUAAAAGGUUU